CUGGGGUUUGGCUUUUGAGUUGGGUCAGCCACACUCCUUGAGCUCUAUUUCUCUGGAUUUUUCUGUCUCUAGUCCUGAUUUCCCAGUUACACCUUUUCUGCUUUUUUCACCUUUCUCCUUCCUUCGCUGCUCAGCAUGCAGAAACAAGAGGAGUCCGCGCACGGGUUUCAGCCCAGCUUCCAACAUUUCGCCACGCAGGCCAUCCACGUGGGCCAGGAACCCGAGCAAUGGAACUCCCGCGCGGUGGUGCCCCUCAUCUCAAUGUCCACCACGUUCAAGCAAGGGUCACCCGGCCAGCACUCGGGAUUUCAAUACAGCCGUUCUGGAAAUCCCACUAGAAAUUGCUUGGAAAAAGCUGUGGCAGCACUGGAUGGAGCUAAGUAUAGUUUGGCCUUUGCUUCCGGGUUAGCAGCUGCUAUGACGAUUACCCAGCUUUUAAAAGCAGGAGAUGAAAUUAUUUGCAUGGACGAUGUGUAUGGUGGUAUGAAUAGAUACCUCAGGAACGUGGCAGUUAAAUUUGGAUUAAAGGUUUCUUUUGUCGAUUGUACAAAACCCAAAUUGCUAGAGGCAGCAAUUACACCAAAAACCAAGCUCGUUUGGAUUGAAACUCCCACAAACCCUAAUUUGAAGAUAACUGACAUUGAAGCUUGUGCACAUAUUGCCCACAAACAUGGAGACAUUAUUUUGGUUGUGGAUAACUCUUUUAUGUCUGCGUAUUUCCAGCGACCUUUGGCUUUGGGAGCUGAUAUUUGUAUGUGUUCUGCAACAAAAUACAUGAAUGGUCACAGUGAUGUUGUCAUGGGCUUAGUUUCUGUUAAUUCUGAAGACCUCCAUGACAGGCUUCGCUUCUUGCAGAACACUCUUGGAGCUGUUCCGUCUCCCAUGGACUGUUACCUCUGUAAUCGAGGUCUGAAGACACUACAACUUCGAAUGGAGAAGCAUUUCAAAACUGGAAUGGCUGUGGCCCGGUUCCUGGAAGCUAAUCCUGUGGUAGAAAAGGUUAUUUAUCCUGGGCUGCCCUCUCAUCCACAGCAUGAGCUGGCAAAACGUCAGUGCACAGGCUGCCCCGGGAUGAUCACCUUUUACAUUAAGGGCACUCUUCAGCAUGCCAAGACUUUCUUCAAGAACCUGAAGGUAUUUGCUCUGGCUGAGAGCUUGGGAGGAUAUGAAAGUCUCAUUGAGCUUCCGGCAAUCAUGACCCAUGCAUCAGUGCCUAAGAGUGACAGAGAGAACCUUGGAAUUACUGACACAUUGAUUCGACUCUCUGUGGGCUUAGAAGAUGAAAAAGACCUGCUGGAUGAUCUCGAUCAAGCCUUGAAAGCAGCACAUGCUUAAGUGAAGAUUACAACUAGCAAUCCAUACUGCUGUUAGAAGCUGCUUCUCAAGAAGAUGGGGAAUCUUCUGAAUAAUUGAAGGGACCACUAAUGAGCCUUUGCAGAAUUUUCAAAUGGGAAUUGGAAGGCACUGUAUGCCUUUUCACAACUAUAAUCAUGUAGAGAUUUUCCCCAAUGUAAAGUUUCUACUAUCUUUUUGCUAAUUUCUUACACCUGUGAGAUUUGUGGUGCUUUCUGGGAUCAUGUUGUUUUCAUUGCCUAAGAUUUAAGUUUAGAGUAUACCGUUAAUUAAUCUUUGGUGUGUUGUGUGAAGCUACAUUAUUAAACGAAUGUUCUUAAACUGAAUGUGGUUUGUACACAUUGUUGAAAAACAUGAUUCCAAGUGGUGGUUUACACUCAAUUACCAUAAGCCAAAAAAUCAUUUUUGAAAAGUCUACUUGAAAUUUUACUGACUUAAUGUUGUACUUAUUCCAUGUUACUAUUUUAAAUAAAUAUAAUUAUCAAAUGUA